GGCUAAUGAUCAUCUGACACGCAAUGGCUCCCCGCCACCCCGACUCGUUUCAAACUUACACCCAAAGUCUUCAUAUUUGGAAUUUUUGAAAAAUAUAUAUUAUAUACGUUACUUUUUUGCGGAGAGUAGAAUAUGUUCGGCUGGAUUCACGAAAGCUUCAGGCAACUUGUCACAAGGAAAUAUGGAAAAGAUAUUUGGGAGAAGAUCGUGCACAUGUCAAAAUUCGAGUUGGGAACUGAAAGUGAAAUUGCUCAUUAUUAUAAUGACGAUGAAACUCUGCGUCUUGUCAAUUCAAUGGCAAAUGUGAUUGGAAUUCCAAUUGAGGAAAUUUGGGAGGCUUAUGGAGGUUUUUUGAUUCAAUUUACAAUGGAAACCGGAUGGGAUGAACUGCUCAGAGCAAUGGCUCCGGAUUUGGAGGGCUUCUUGGAUUCCCUUGACUCACUUCACUAUUUCAUUGAUCACGUCGUGUACAAGACAAAACUCCGUGGUCCAUCAUUUCGAUGUGAUGUUCAGGCAGAUGGAACUCUUCUUCUUCAUUAUUACUCGAAGCGCAGUGGUUUAUAUCCUAUUGUUAAAGGCGUUGUAAGAGAAGUGGCUCGUCGUAUCUAUGACACAGAAGUUGUCAUGAAAGUUCAAGAACGAAAACAGGAACAUUUGGAUGCAUUUGUGACGGAACACGUGGUCUUUGUAAUUACCCAAAUUGAAAAUGCUAACAGUACUCAGCCAAAAUCGAUUUCUUCAAAAGCUGACUCACAAAUUGAUUUAUCAACGGGAAUCUACGAGAUCUCAUCGUCCGACUUUUCCUUGGCAUUCCCUUAUCACAUUUGUUUCGAUCCUGACCUUUUCGUCGAGCAUUUUGGAAACUUUAUCAAGAAAACGUUUCCAAAUGCGAUGCGCCAAGAGACACGAGUCACUGAUCUUCUAGAGUUGGUGCAUCCGGAAGUUCCGUUCUCUUAUGAAUCUAUCAAAUAUUAUAAGAAUUCACUUUUUGUGUUCAGAUUGAAGGGUCUCGGAGAUAUUGUUCACAAUGCCAAUGACGAAGCCAAGACUGUCCUCCUGAAAGGAUCCAUGGUAUUCAUUGAUGAGGGAAAAUACAUAUUAUACAUGUGCUCGGUUAAUGUCACUACGGUCCGUGAACUCAUCGAGAGAAACCUCCAUUUGUCAGAUAUGCAACGUCACGAUGGAACUCGUGACGUCAUCAUGUUGAAUCAGAGUCGUAUGAGUCAGGUCGAGUUGAACCGAACCCUGGAAGAGACAACGAAGAAACUGAAAAAGAUGGCUCAAGAGCUGGAAAUUGAGAAGCAAAAGACUGAUGAGCUGCUCUGUGAGCUCAUGCCAGCCUCCGUUGCCGAUAGUUUGAGAAGCGGGAAGGCAAUGGAUGCAAAAGAAUUCGCGGAUUGCACAUUGCUCUUCACCGACAUCGUAACAUUCACCAAUAUCUGUGCAAUGUGUACCCCGUAUGACGUUGUUACCCUGCUCAAUGACCUUUAUCUUCGUUUUGACAGACUUGUCGGAUUGCAUGACGCGUACAAAGUUGAGACAAUCGGUGAUGCCUAUAUGAUUGUGGGCGGAGUUCCGGAGCGUUGUGAGAAUCAUGCAGAGCGAGUUCUCAAUAUUUCAAUCGGAAUGCUCAUGGAAUCCAAGCUUGUUUUGUCUCCAAUCACCCAUAAACCUAUUAAAAUUCGUUUGGGCGUUCACUGUGGUCCCGUUGUAGCUGGAGUUGUCGGGAUUAAGAUGCCAAGGUACUGUCUCUUCGGUGACACUGUCAACGUGGCGAACAAAAUGGAAUCCAACGGUAUUCAAUGCAAAAUUCACGUCAGCGAGACUGGGAAGCUCAACGGACUGAAAGCUAAUCCAUCAUACGUGUUCAUUGACAGAGGAAAUACGGAGAUCAGGGGUAAAGGAAUGAUGUACACCUACUUUUUGGAACGAAACGAUCGGAAAAGUGUAUGGGAGUUGUGUUCAAGACCUAGAUCUGGCGAACAAACAAUCGACGGAUAUAUGGAGCUUCACGAUCAAUCGAUUUAUCAAGAAGAAGGUGGUCAGCAGGAGAAUCUGACUGUGGAAAAUGGAAAUUCUGCUCAAAAUAACCAUAAUAACAAUAAUAAUACACAUCAUUCUGGAAGGAAAUUGAUGAAUGGAUCAAGUGUGGAUCCCGGCAGUCAUCACAUCCGAUCACCGACUUGCACAAUUUCUUAACUUUAUUUUCUUUUUUUUUUAUUUUUAUUUAAAAAAAAAAACACUUUUACUCUGUAUUAAGUAGAAAAAGAGAAAAAAGACAGAAAAAACAACGUAUUUUUGUAUGAGAAUUAUUAAUUUUUUUUUUGAAAAUGUAAAUAUUUUUUCUGAAAACAAAUAAAUAUAUAUUAAUUUUUG